AUGCCUUGCUGGCCUCACAAUUCUGUUGUGUUGCUCCAAAAAUAUGGAAUUCUAGGUCCAUGUCUCAUAUUGAAAGGAUCAAUGAAAUCUCAACAUUGCCAGGGUGCUCUUUGGAGGCUUGCAUCUAAGCUGAUCAUUAAUGAAUCUUUGGUUGAAAUUCAGAGGGUACAUUCUCUAGCUUUCGUUGUUGGCGAGAAGCAUCAUGAUCUAUCCGUGUUGAUUAAAUGUAGCUUUCAUUUUUACAGUACUUUUAACAAUGAGCCAUAUUUGAAAUACUUAGGCCUGAUUAGUUGGUUAUCCCAAAGCAUAAACUGGGCAUUCCUGCAAUUUGGUUUGUGUUAA